ACCGUGUGUUAGUAUGAGGAAAGCCUGUGAAUGAAAACAUGGCAGAAGUCGAGGGGAUACUAGCUGGCAUAGAGAGCCCGAACAAACGGGCCAAAAUGGAUAGUGGACUUUCAGCUACUAAUUUCGACGAGUCCAAGUUUGCUCGAUAUUACAGAACUGUGGCGGUUUCCUCCGCCAAUAGCUCACAUUCAGCAACAGUUGCAGUGACAGAAUCUACGAGUGCGCCGACCUACUAUUCUUUUCCUUACGCGCAGAACUCUAUACCAUCGUAUUCAUUUUCCUAUGCGGCACAAAACGAAAGCUCACCCGUCUACACAUACAACACUGCCUAUGGCUACGAUUUCAACUCGUUAAAUGGAUAUCACACAGGUUACUCGACUAGUACAGGUAUUUCAUCCACAACACUUACACCGUCAGUCACGUGUUCACUGACGUCAUCCAGUGCGUUCCCGCUGUCCACAAGUAACGUUGCUCACCACAACACGCCACCCUCACGAGUCAUACACUGCCGGGCGGUAGCCGACGGCUGCAAAGAAACGGACCUCAUUCAAGUGCUGCAACCUUUCGGCACUAUAACUUAUGUAACUUUGUUACCUAAAAUUAGACAAGCACUUGUGGAAUUUGAAAGUCUAGAGUCAGCUAUUGCUGUUGUGACAUAUUCGCAGACCAGCCCCCUCACCGUACUUGGUAGACAAAUGUUCGUAAACUACUCAAAGAGUCAAGAGAUCAAGAGGGACAAAGUCCUGAAUGGCGACAGUAACGGAGCGUGUGCUGAGGCGAGUAACAUACUCCUGCUCACCAUCAUCAACCCGCUGCACCCCAUCAACGUGAAAAUCCUUCAUAAGAUUUGUAGUCCCAGUGGCAAAGUGCUCAGGAUUGUUAUUUUUCACAAGAAUGGACUUCAAGCGUUAGUGGAGUUCGACUCGGUCGAGUCCGCAGAGCGAGCCCUGGCUGUGCUAAAUGGACAGGAUAUUUACGCCGGCUGCUGCACGCUCAAGAUUGACUAUUCCAAGAAGGCCAAAAAACUUAACGUGUUCAAGAACGACGACGAGACGUGGGACUACACCGGAGCACUGAACGGCACCUCCGGUAUACCCAGCAAGACUGCCCUCUUGGGAACGGGUCUACUCUCCGCCAUAUCUGGAAACGACUCCCCAGACUCGUCAGAGCUGAAUUCACCACCUAAUGGUACCAUAUCAUCAAUGAAUGGCAAACUGACCGAAAACUUAGGAUCGACAAGUAGUUCAAUUCCCCUGUCAACUGAAGUCAUCGCUCGUGCCGCAGCCUUUCCGACUGUUCAAAGUAUUCUCGCCAAGGUCGCGUCUCUUCAAAGCAACAAGAGCCCCACAGGAUCAUCACCAAGUCCUCCUGGCCUUACAGCCGAAAGCGCUAAGACCCUCCUUGGCUUGUCACCCUUCAGCCUAUCACAGCCAGGGCUCCUGGGGGCAUUGCCAGGCCUUAGUCAGCAGACUCAGCUAACGAAUGGGGUGCACGCCAGUGCCAUGUCCUCACCCACUCUCAGCUCCCCCGACUGGGGUAAGAGCGUGAGCAGGGUGUGGCCAGGGCUAGAGGCACAGCCCGCCCAGACGCCUACCACGACCCAAGUCAGUACACAGGCACUGAGCACUGCAGGGGGGACUGGUUGUGUGCUCAUGGUCUACGGACUGAAUCACGAGAAGAUGAACUGCGAGAGAAUAUUUAAUUUAUUCUGUCUCUAUGGCAACGUCAUCAAAGUAAAGUUCCUGACCAAUAAGCCAGGGGCUUGUAUGGUUCAGAUGUCAGACAAGAUCGCCUCAGAGAUGAUAAUUAGAAAUCUAAGUGGAGCCACGAUAUUCGAUAACAAGAUCAAUAUUAUGUUCUCCAAGCACCCCUUCAUCGCCGACUCGUCAGUUGUGACCGCAUUACCCGAUUCCAGUCCCUCUGCGAUGAACUUCGCCGACAACAGAAAUAACCGGUUUAAAUAUCUUCCUGAAGGACAGAGUUUAAAGAAUCGAUAUCAACCACCCACGAGAAUGUUGCAUUUCUUUAAUGCUCCACCGAAUUGCACCGUGGAUCAGCUAAGAGAUGUCUUUGUCAAGGCAGGGGCGCUAGCACCACUUAAAGGAACAUUCUUUUCCAAAGCAAACACGAAGUCAUCAGCUGGGCUUUUGGAAAUGCCGGAUAUCCGGUCUGCCAUGGAAGCCCUGAUUCUGACUAAUCACUACACCAUCAAUCCCCCAGAUAAUUCUGUGCUAAGCAGCCGUGCAGUAUCCACUGGAUUGUAUGGAGGCGGCUCGUUCACUCUGAAGCUCGCGUUCUCGCCAAGUUCCUCCAUCUCUCCUACAGCACCAACAGUUGCGCCCGCGGUAGCAGCAGCAGCGGUUGCCGCUGCUAGCAUUACUGGGAACCCGUUGGGCCCUAUUGGCUCCCCCAUGCACGUCCUCACGACUCCAGGGAGCCCCAAUGGAAUGAUGCCCAACGGGGGGAUGGACCUGAAUGACAUGGAGCAGCACCUGGGCAGUCCUGAGCACAAAUCUGCCAGUCCUUAGGAGCUCAAAGUACCGGUAUUCAUGACCAGUUUAACAGGUUUUCGUGAUGACGUAUUAUAGUUGUGUGUUUUCCCGUAAUAGGAGCACAAACGGUAGAAUUUAAUUUAGAAGAAUUUAUAGAACUAAUUCUAAUGAAAUUUCCCUAUGUAUUACUUGGAUUCCAAAGAGAGUAUAAGAUAUAAAUCAUAUUUUAGGAUAAAAGAUAUAUUAGCAUGCACCAUGAAUUCAGACUUUGCUGUUAUGUGAUCUGUUUUCACAAAAAGUGAAAUUUAAUCAAAUACACUGGACCACGGGUAUUUAAUGUGCGUAUCUGAAUUUCUAUUAGAAAUGAGAGAUACUUGUUAACGCGGCUAGUGAAACCGUGAACAGCGUGAACAGUGAACUGUUUACCUUUUUUAAUGGAUAUAGAAAAACUGUUAAAGGUUCUAUUGAGAUCUUUUAGUGUGGACAUGUAGCGGUACUCGAUAAUGGCUCCAGAGAACAAAAUUAUAUUGGUUUUGUCAUUCUUUUGUAAAAAAAAAAUUCACCACGAUCACGAACUUAAAGUCUCGCGAAAUGUGCCGUGAAAAUUUUCGCGAAAUGUCAGAUGCGCGAAAAUAAGGUAGACAAAAAAACUAUUUAGGCUAGGCCCGGCAAGGUAGCCGGGGAAAUCCGAAUUUUGUUCUAUUUCGACUCUCCCCCAGGCUGCUUGGCGGGAGAGCAUUCUUUCCACAUUUUCGCUUUUCACGGUUUUACAGGUUGUGCUGUGAUAGUUGCGGCGAAAACGCUGCGAGCGGUAAUAAUUCGGUCAUGUGAUUAACCUUCUCUGUGCAGCCUUUUCCCGCCAUUUUGCCAAGCCUCGCUCUAGUGCACAUAAUCUGCCCCAGGGAGGUCCACUAAGUUUCCGCGCUAUUUUUUCAUAAAAACAAGUGAGAAAAGAGAGAGUAAGGAAACGUGCAAAGUUCAAAAUACCUUAGGUAAAUUUGUAGAGACGUCGUGCGUGCUAGGACAUUAAAAACGUUUCAUUAUUAAGAAAAAAAAUUACCACACAAUUAUUUCAGCAAACUUAUGAUAUUUUUUCUGCGAUAAAGAAAUGCUGAGAAUAUACUUUGCCCAACGUUAAAGCAAAGUCAAAAUAGUCACGUCAAAUCGAAGCUAUUAUUGUUUUGCCAGUUUGCAUAAGAAAAUAUUUUUAUAUUAUUAUUGUAGUUAAAGUCUUCGCUUGCUAUGUCGCAAAAUUCAAAUCUGGAAAUGAAACAGAAACAAAGAAAGUCCACAUUUUCAUCGAUUUGGUUACCUGUUUCGCAGCAAUCUUGGAACAUCGAGAGGAGUGAUAGAUUAUGGCUAAUUCUGUAUAUGUCCUCUACUAUUUGAGGUCAAAUUAAAUUUCUAUUUGUUUUAUGCUUUAGCAGAUUCAUGCUGCCAUAUAUAUAAAUAAAUAUAUAUUAUAUAUUGUUAUUGAUAUAGAUACUUUGUUAGUUCUAGCAAUAGUGUCAGUACAAAAUCUCUUACAUUUGUCUUCUACUUGAAGCUUUGUUGAACAUCGCUGCACCAAGAUGGAUAUUUGUAUUAUGUCUAGAACAUAUUUCUGGUGUACAAAGAAAUCUUUUGAUUUUGGCUCAAUAAUAGGCGAUAGAAGCAUAACAUACCUUUUAGCAAACUGGCCCUAAUAACGGACGGCCUUCACAGGUGGUACCUACUUAUGGACAUAAUUUCAAACGACCUUUCUACGGUCAACACUGUAGACUUGGUGUUAACACGAAGACACCAACAAAAUAGGAUUUACGUGCGCAAAAACUCAAAUCUUGCAAGUCAAGCAAGAAAGAAUUCACAGAAGCUUAAGGUUAAGUAACUGCUUCAUUGCUUUCAAAUUCAGAGAACUCGGAGAACGUACCCUUGAAAUAUAAAGUGUUUAAAAAGUGGCCGUAAGUAGGUUAUUGACUAAAAAAGGGGCACCCACGGUGCCAGUUGAAAUUAUUUUUUCAGUAGCCAGAACUAGAAUUUUGAGGAAUAAAAUUAACCAGUUCUUCAACAGGGCUAGUCCAAUCAAAAGCUUGAUAAAUUAAUAUUUUAUCCGUGAACUUACCUAGUCAGUCCAGGGGGUUUAGAAAGGCAUUGAUGUAGGGCAUAUCAGGCACAUAGGUUGACAUUCUUCUGAGCUCGCGGCCAUAGUGUGCUAUGCUAAAGGGUAAACUAUUGUUGAUCCUUUUUAUUCAACUCUGAAGACAGAGCUGUAGCAGGAGUUAUUGGGGAGGGGAGGGCACGAAACAGGAAUUAAGGAAAUAUUGGGGGCACAGUCGCGCCCCUAUUGCCCUUAAUGUUUACAAAUAUUAGAGAGGGCCGCCCCCCUUUCUGCGGCCCUGGAAUAGAAUAGUCCGAUGAAGCCAUCUUAACAGCCCUGUGCUAGGAUUAGAGUAAUUUGUUUUAGGGCCAUCUUAACAGACACUAUUAAGCAAAUUUGAUAAAUCACCAACAGAGGAAAAUAAAGAGUCAAAUGUCUUUUUUUAACUUUAUAGCUUACAAUUAUUGUUGACAAGAAUUUAUUAUUAAUAUUAUUAUUAUUAGAUAUUAUUAUAUUAUAUAUUAUAUUGCUCAUAUUAUUGAUAUUUUUUCACAUUCGUCUCACGCAAGUGCUCGUUCACACAAAUGUAUGUUGUUUUACUGUAAUGAUUCCGAUGGCAACUGUCGUCAUAGUUAUGUGCAAGCCUACGAGCAUAGUCUGGGCCGUUUCAGGGCAGAAAACAAAACUCUUCAUUUUUUUAAACUAAUUUCUAACUUUUUUGCAUAAAAUAAUGUAUUGACUUCGCUCUGGUUUUGCUUGCAUUUCUAUUCAUUCACGAUAAAUUAUUUACUCCUCGCCUAAUGCUGUAAUCUUAUCUUGUUUGAACCUUGAAAAUAGUCCACGACCUUUAAAAUACCACAGCUAACUAAACUUCUGUAAUGACGCGGCCAUUGUACCUCCAGUCAAGCGUUGAAUAAUGCGCUUUGCGAAAAUAAAAUCGUUUACAUAAACGCUAGUCCGCGAAAUGUCGAACGGUUGACGAUGCGCCAGAAUUUCUACGCUCAAAACACUACGACUAUGUUUAAGCUAUACUUCGAAAAAACGCUAAAAACACACAGGCAACCGAUUAUGUAUUCACAAAACCAUUUCAUUUCAAAACCAUGCCAUUUCACCAAACAUGCCUGUUCAGCCUUAUGGUGGGAUGGCAAUCCUAAUAGCAUUGUAGCGAGGCACGCAAGAAAAGCUACUAAUGUAGAAGGGUUGAAGGAUUGUUCAGCAUCAGCUAGCAUUCCAUUUGCAUGAAAGAAAAACUUUUCACGAAAUUUUUUUAUAGAAUCUCCAAUAAUUUCCAAAUAUAGUAAUUCGCGGAGAGUUUUUUUCCUCGAAUUCCCAAAUAACACUCGUUUCACGUAUUUUUUCCUAGAAAGGAUUUCUGCAUUGUAGCACAUGCUUUGCUGAAUGGACAUUCUAACGUUAGAGAUCAGUAAGAUGACGCGUGUGCCAGGUACUGCUCGCACUCCUGUUGAGCUUUCAGUCAUCAAACAAGCGAGAGAAAAAGCUUACAGUAGAACAGGUGGCAAGUCAGUUUGACUGAUUGCUUGCAAAGCAUGCUGGACCUUAGCUUAGAGGAAAAUAAACUAUGUCUAAUAUAGCGUACGUGUAGGAGGAUCCUAUCCAUAGCCAUAUUCACGUCAUAUCGAUAAUAAAAUCAAUGUUCUGCUAUUA